GCUGUACACAUUCGUCCUGGAUAACGUUGCUUAAAUAAAUAAAUAAACUGUGGGGCCCACCUUGCUUCACCUCGUUCCCAUAUAUAUAAUCAGGAUCUACAAAAAGCUUUAUAUACAUUGACAAUUGGCAGCGACUUAGGUCUCUUCUCCGAUUAUUACAAGAAAGUCGCAAACCCCUUUACCCCACUCCACCCUUAUAUAUGUUUGCUCAGUUGUAACCUCUGCAUAUCAAUCCACCACACUGCCGGACAUGGAAUCCUCCAUCUUCGUAGUGGGGUUCCUUCUUUUCCUAUCUUUCUCCACGUGUAAUGGUGAGUUUCAUUUUUAUCUCUGAUGUUCCAUUGAGUCUGAAUCGGCCCGACCCACCUGAUUUGGGGUGACUUGUGUUAUCGAACUGCAUGGGGUCCAACUGAGUCUGAGUUGAUUCGGAUGGGUCGUAUCAGACUCGUCCAAAAGUGAUGAAACCAAGAUUGCUAACGUUGGUCUAAUUCAAUGUGUUUUGCAGCUGUUAACUCCAAUCUUUUUCGGGAGUACAUUGGUGCGGAAUCCCAUGUCGUGAGGUUCUCCGAUGUGCCUAUAAAUCCUGAUGUGGAGUUCCACUUCAUCCUUGCAUUCGCGAUCGACUAUUCCACCCGAAGCACCCCAUUGCCAACCAAUGGGAAAUUCAACAUCUUUUGGGAGAAAAACAAUCUGGGGCCCAGCGAUGUUGCAUCGAUUAAGAAAAACCAUCGGAAUGUCAAGAUCGCCAUCAGCUUAGGCGGGGACACCGUUGGCGAGGACAGCAUUGGCAGGGAUAGCAUGGGCCACCACCACGUCUACUUCCAGCCACAGUCCAUCUCUUCAUGGGUCCAAAACGCUGUCUCAUCACUAACCAAAAUCAUCAAGCAGUACAAUAUCGAUGGCAUCGACAUCGACUAUGAGCACUUCCAUGCGGACCCGAACACGUUUGCCGAGUGCAUCGGACAGCUGGUAACCACUCUCAAGAAUAAUAGUGUAAUCUCAUUUGCAUCCAUCGCACCAUUUGAUGACAGGGGGCCGGUCCAGAGACAUUACUUGGCACUGUGGAGCAAAUUUGGGCAUGUGAUCGACUACGUGAAUUUCCAGUUCUAUGCCUAUGAUAUGGGGAUUAGCGUGUCGGAAUUUCUAGACUAUGUCGAUAAGCAAGUGGCUAAUUACAAGGGAGGGAAGGUUUUGGUGAGUUUUAUUAGUGAUGGGAGUGGGGGUUUAGGUCCUCAUGAUGGAUUUUUUGAGGCUUGCAAUCAGUUAAAGAAGCAAGGGAAGCUUGAGGGUAUCUUUGUGUGGUCAGCUGAUGAUUCUCAGAAGUUUGGAUUUAGAUAUGAAAAGCAGUCUCAGGAGCUGUUAGGGUCAGCUUGAUCUUGGGUAAUGAAUGAUCUGAUUUUCAUUUACAUAGAUGAAGCAAGCUAGUUUUAUUUAUUUAUUUCA